CAUCCCUGAAACUGGCGUAGUUAUUAAUAGUGUCUCUUUUCACGCUUAAAGUUUCCCGGUAUGGGCGGUAAAGAAGGCCUUGCCCCCUAUCCCCAAUUCCUGUACGUGGAAAGAAUACAAACUAUUGUGUGCUCACCAUGCAACAAACACUUCCCUGGCACUUUGUAUUCUCUGUAAUCUUUGCCUCCCAUUCUGCAAGGCAAGUAUCACUAGCUCCUUUUUCAGAUGAUGAAACUGGCUCAGAGAGAUUAAGAGACUUAUCCAAAACCAAACAGCUAAGUGUUAGAACCAGGAUCCAGACCCAAGUUGUACUCCAAAGUACCUCAUCCCUACUACUCAAAAUAAAUAGAUGAUAUCAAAUAAAUAAAAGACACUGUCCCUGACACAAAAGGGUUUAUAAACCAAGGGGACUUAUCCCAUAUGUAGUUAAAAUACUGUAGGACAUAACUAAGCUGUAAAAUAUAGAAAAGAUUGAAGGUAGCUUAUAAGGCUCACAGGGAAACUGAUAAUAAGACGAUCACAGUGGGGUGGAGGUUAUCACAGCCUUCCUGCAGGAGGUGGAUUUUGAGCUGGAUCAUGAAGUGGACACCACUGGGUAUUUGUCUGUGUGUGUGAGACGUGGUGCCAAGUAAGAGAACAGUCUUGAGCAUCAGAACAGGGACAGAGCUAGGCAGGUUGGAAUCUCUCCAUGGCAAGAAGAUCCCUUUGUAAACUCCAAAGCCACUGCUCUGCCACUCUCCUUUCUUCCUUCUACCCUCCUCCCUGGUUUUAUUGGAGCAGAGGCUCCUAGCAGGCAGAUGCACGCAUUCCACUCUGCUCUCAGGUCUUUGCAGUUGGUAUUAUAUUUGGCACAAACUCCUUGAUAUUAUCUUGGAUGUCAGCUUCUCUGUUCCCCAUCCCCGUCUGAAGAUUUUGGGGAAAUGAAAGAUAGCGGCUUUUCAAAACAAAAAGGGCCCAAGUGAGCAUCAAGAAGCCAAUAGGCUUAAUGGGAACAGAGAGACCAAGUCAGCAGAGAGAAUUGGAAGGAUGAGAAAGGAACACCACUGGAUGUUGCUGUCACUUGAGGAACAUUUGCUGCCCUCCUGCUGUGCAGCAGGCACUGUGCUAGACUCUGUGGCCUGGCCGCGCUAUGAAUGAAAUUGGUUCCCUUCAUACAGAACACACAGGUUGGGAACCCCAGGCUUGCUGGGGUCUGGAUUUGCACAGUUGGGGAGGAGAGGCGACUGUUGGGAGCUCUAGGAGAAGGAACCACCGAGGCUGCCGCCCAGGUGCCCCAAGCUCUCAUUCCAGGAGUCCGGAGGAGGAAGCUGGGAGCACUUGACAGCCCCAGACUUGCAAGACCUGGGACGCAGUCACGUGACAACGGAAGCCUAUGUUGAGGGGGCCAUUUCUAGCGUCCCCUGGAGGAGCCACCCCUUUCCUCGCCCCCAUUUCCUGAUCCUUCACAGAAGCCUUGGAGCACGGAGACUCCAGGGAUUCCCGGGGCUGGCAGACCAAGCCCAGCCCUUUUGGACAGCUUGGGAAACCCCUGGCAGGACGCCAGGAGCAGGGAGAGCCCAGACACUGGCGGGUGGGUGUGGACAGCCGAGCGGAACAAGGGCAGGGUGAGGGAAGACGCCCCCAAUCUCCCCCUGCAACCUGGCCUUUCCCUUUCUUUAGCCCCAACCCUGGUUUUUUUUAAGAUCCACGUUUUCUUCUUACCCAGCCUUCUGCAGAAACACAUCACUGAGUGCUGAUCCUGAAGGUCCCACCCUCUCCAAACCAAGGAGGGGCCAAAGGAUUUAUAAACUGAGCACCUACAACAUGGAAGGUUCAGUGUGGGGUGCUGCUAAGGGUGUCAUUAGAAGUGAGGCACAGUUCCUGAGGUCCUUCGUUCUCCCUCCUGACCUCCACCGAGCCAGGAGUGGUGAUCUUCCCUGCCUACCCAUCUCCCCAGCUCCAGCUCACAAAGCUGGCUUGAAACAGUGCCAGCCAACUGAUUCCUCUCUCCUCUCAACACCCAGCACACUCGGCUUGUACCUUUCUCACAGCACAGCCUGUGGCCUGUCUCAUAGGCUAGUGAUCUAUUUACUAAUCCUGUUCUUCUAACCAGAUUAGAAAAUCCUUGAGGCAGAAACAAAGUCUGCUUCUUCUUUGAGGCCUCCCCCCACCCCUCCAACUCAUCUGCCACAGGCCAAGCUUGGCCCGGGAAUUGAUGUUCAAUAAAUAUUGGGUGUAUUGAAAUGAUUUCCUGCCCUUGGGCAGUUUGCAGGCUGGUUGAAGAGACAAACACAUGGCGUGAGGUUAAAUAAUAACCCGAGCCAGCAGGUGGUGAGUACCAAACGUGUGUAACAGCUACAGGACUCAGAAGGAAGGAGGUGGUGAUUUGGGAGAAAGAUCCCAGGAGGUUCUGGGCCUGGAGCUGUGUGUGUGGAGGAGGAGAGGGGAGGGGUAGAGGUGACUCAUUCUGGUUGACAUCACCACAAAACAGCCUCCAUGCUAGGCACUUUACAUGCAUUAUCUCUACUAUUUAAGGGGAGGGAUAGGAUUAGAAGGGUUGGAAGGGACAGUGCCCAAGCCAGCCCCACCCAGAGCCAAUCAGAGCAUAGAGGCAGCCUUGGGUCUGGGCUCCCCACCCCAGUCCCUGGGCACUGCCUGUUCCCUGGCCUGCCACUCCUACACACUACGCCCAAGAGAGCUGCCCAGCACUACCCAGUUCUGGAUGCACUCUGGUCCCACCCUGUGAACAACUGGCUGUGUGACCUUGGGCAAGGCACUUCCUUACUGUCAUCUAUACCUCUCUUGCAGCCCUUGCAGGCUGUAACUCUGAAAGUCAGUGUCCAAGUGAUGUUUGCCACCUCCCUUGGUGUUACCUGGGCUGCUGUGGCUGUCUGCACGCCACACUCCCCCACGCGCACACACCCUGGCUCCCUCCCAGCGUGGAGCUGCUGGGAGGAACACUGGGUACAGAGCGUGAGCAGGGAUGGUAGGUUUCCUGUGGUUGCAAAAGGAACAUCGGGACUUUCCCUGCAGUGCUCGCAUUGUGGGAGAAGUGGGGGAGGAGAGGCAGGGCCACCUCGAAGGAACCUCUGCUCUCGUCCCUCCCCUCCUCAGUGCUCCCAGCUCUCAAAAAGGCUGGUACAGUUUGUUACGCUGGGGCCGGAAUGUACCGUGUGUUUCAUAUGGCCUCUGUCCAGUCCUACACUGGCGGCUUUAUAUUUAUACUUCCUUCUCCAGCCGUGGCGUCCUGCUGUCAGCUACCCCUGCUCUCAUCUGCCUACCGCCUCUGGGGCCCCCUGCCCCCUCAUGGGUCAAGAAACGAGUCUCCUGCCACUGCCACCACCACCCCCAAGGCCUUGGGUUCUAAACGCUUGUGGGGGAUGGGAGGGUGGGGUGCAGAGAGAGCUCUGGAGGGGAGAGGUUGGCCUCCGGAAAGGUGAGUGCCCCAGGCCCCUUUCUCGCUGUCAUCAUCCAGCCCUGAAGCUGCCUCCAAAGCUAUGGAGCCUCCAGAUUGGGUCGGCAGGUCCCACGGGCCCUUGAUGUUGGUCCCUUUGUCCUUGUCAUCCUUGUUUCCUAAGCACUUCAGCAGUAUUCUUGAGCCCAGACAAGUGACAACUCUAUGUAAGUCACCAAAAGCUUGUCAGGCCUAGUAAUCAGAGGCCCUUCCCCAUCA